AUGUCACUCGUCUCUGAAAUACUCAUCCAGCUCAGCGACGCCACCGCUGCGAUGAACCUCGUAACGACACCCAAACAGCACGCCCUGCUGUCCGCGGAGGAGCGCAAAGCCGUGCUGCUCCAGCUCAGGAUGAGCGUCGAGGUGCUGGCGAAGCUCGCGGAGGCCGUGCUCUUGAUCGCCGCGAAGGAGUGUGCGGCGGCGGUGGAGACGGAGGAGACGAAGGUGGACCUGGAGUGGGCGGAGAAACCUUUCAAGAAGAGGCCUGGGUUUGAGUAG